AUGAAGUCGGCCAUAUUUCUGGAGCUGGGGGGACCUAGCAGAUCCAAGGGAUUUCGCAGGUCGUUUCCUUUGAAAAAAGCCAAGUCAAUGCUGCCCUACUCACCUUCCGUGGGAACGCAAAACUCUCCCUUACCUUCAACGCCCACGUCAGCUCCAAAAUCGUCGCCUUGGAACGUUGAUGAGAUGAUAUCGCUGUACAUUGCCCUGGGGCUGCUUCCUAGGCUUCUAUCGCCUAAUUUGCCACCUCAAUUUGCCAAAUCGGACUUUUUGGACAUCUACAAUGACGCAGCCGAUAAAGAGAACGAGACCUUGCACCGUGAAGAGGACCCCGCCAAGCUGCCUCAUGGAUCAGAUAUAGACAAUCUUCCUAUAUCGCUUCUCUCGCCCACAUUGCCGACGAUGUUUGAGCCGAAGGAGCCUUCUGCGCUGUCUAAGUCGCCAAAAAAGGGCUCUAAGCGAGUCCGUUGGAUCAACAAGCUCCACGAUCCAAAAAGACCUCGCUUUCUUGUUAGGAUCACCAUCCCAUCUCUGGCACUCAAAAGUGCCACACCAAAGCUUGCAUUGAAAGGGUUGGGGAUUUCCCAAAUUGACGGUCCAACCAGUCCGGCCAUGGCGACACAUAGCGACGCUGCUUCCCAUUGGCGCAAGGCUGCCAAGGGAGUCAUGACAAACGCAGAGAAUGUGAAGUCCCAGGACCCUCUACUAUCUGUGGUAGUUCAGUUUGACUGGAUUCUAUGCUUGGUUAUUGCUACUGACUACGAAAGCAAGCAAAGCCGUUCCCAUGUACACGCUGAAAGGGUCUGGAACUCCGUUCUCAUCGAAAUACCUCCAUUCGUUUCAAGAAUCGAAGAUUACAUCAAAACUUACAACGUUCAAGACAAAAAGAAAGCUUAUCUUACUUUUCUUGUGGGCGUUCUCACGACUUUAAAAGCUCUUGUUGUGAAACGAAUAAAUCAUAGCUUAUUGUCAGCUGAGCCACUUCAAACAAGCUCGGGUAAGGCAGUUGAGAUUCAAAGACUAAUAAUCGAGAAUUAUCAAUCCAUUACAGACAUUCUUGCUGAUGCACAAUCUUUCUUCAUGCGAUGUCCUUCACCUUCAACCGUGUUUCCAAAAAGCUGGCAUAACAGGUCAACACCCGUGCAAAAGACAAAAACUGAUCUACCUCUUUAUCCAGCGACAGACAAAUACUACGCGCCUAUUGGGUCAUAUUCAGACGUGAGAGACGCAUGUGGAUAUCUAUAUUGUUGUCUACGUGAGUUUAUGGAAUUAUAUGGGCUGGAGAUGAACGAAGGAGCGAAAUACAGUUUCCAAUCAGGUAAGAAAUAUAGUACCUAG